AUAUAUAAAAGAAAGCUUCUUUUUCUAUCAACAAUGCAAAGCCCAAGUUGCUCAAGUGACGUUGUGCAGCCUGAUCUAACAUCACUAACACCACCUUCUUCCUCUUCCUCCAACAGCGCCCCCAUGAGCGCCACCACAACCACAACAACCGCCAUCAGCGGCUGUCUCUCCAUGGAUGAGUACGAACCCACGGAGACGCGACUCAGGAAGCUGAUAUCGGAGCACCCUGUCAUCAUCUUCAGCCGAUCGUCUUGUUGCAUGUGUCAGGUCAUGAAAAAGCUCUUGGCCACCAUCGGGGUUCACCCUACUGUCAUCGAACUCGAUGACCAUGAGAUGGCUUCCCUCCCUCCUCCGGCGCCGCCCGCUCAAUACAGUGUCUCCCCUCGGAUCCCUUCCCCCGCGGUGUUCAUCGGUGGAACCGGCAUCGGCGGCCUAGAAUCCCUCAUGGCUCUUCACCUCAGUGGCCACCUCGUUCCAAAGCUCGUCGAAGUUGGUGCUUUCUGGGUAUGACAUAUAAGUACUAUUAUUAUAAUUAUUAAAUAUCGCAUUAAGAAUCAUGUAACGAUCAGGCUUUCUUUUUUAAUGCUUCUUCAAUUUGGGGUUGUUCCUUCCAUUUUAUAAGUCGAUAAACAUAAAUUCAUGCAGUCCACUUCCAAAGGAGAGAGUUUCUGCAGCUUCGAUCAAGGGGAGGGGAUUAAAUCUGAGUUUAGAGAAUGAACAACGAGUGGAAUGGGCUAUUUUGAAGUGGGGUUGGUUACCAAUUAUUGAGCAUC